UGGGCGGGGACCGGGCGCAGCUCUUAGCAUUAGCACCUCGCUGUGCUGUCACUGCCCUGAGUCAGUCAGCGGUGUAAAAAAAGAAGAACAAAAGAAGCCAUGUCGUUCAUCAAGGAGUAUCGUGUGGUUUUACCCUGUAGCGUCGAGGAGUAUCAAGUGGGCCAGCUGUUCUCCGUGGCCGAGGCGAGUAAAAAUGAGACGGGUGGCGGCGAGGGCAUCGAAGUGCUGAAGAACGAACCGUACGUAGAAGACGGAGAGAAGGGACAGUACACGCACAAACUCUACCACUUGAAGAGUAAAGUACCAGCUUUUAUCAACAUGAUCGCACCGGAAGGUUCCCUGGUUUUCCACGAGAAAGCCUGGAACGCUUAUCCCUACUGCCGAACCAUUGUGACGAACGAGUAUAUGGAGGACAAUUUCAUCAUUAAGAUUGAGACGUGGCACAAACCGGACCUUGGAAAAUCAGAAAAUGUGCACAACCUAGACAGCGACACGUGGAAGAAGGUCGUCGUCGUGCCGAUAGACAUCGCAAAUGACCAAAUCAACACUUCUGAUUACAAGCAAGAAGAAGAUCCAACCAAGUUCAAGUCGGAAAAGACUGGUCGAGGACCUCUUGGGCCAAACUGGAUGAAAGAGCUGGCCACUAACCCCUCCUGUCCACACAUGUGUGCCUACAAACUCGUCACAGUCAAGUUCAAGUGGUGGGGUUUUCAGAACCGAGUGGAGAACUUCAUCCAUAAGCAAGAGAAGAGGAUCUUCACUAACUUCCAUCGCCAGCUCUUCUGUUGGAUUGAUAAGUGGGUGGAUCUGAAUAUGGACGACAUCCGGCGGAUGGAGGAAGAGACGCAGAAGGAGCUGAUGGAGCUUCGCAAAGGGGGCAACGUUCGAGGCACCAGUGCUAAAGAAGAAUCAUGAGGCGAUGGAUUUUCAACACCCACAACGACGGCAGCGGCAGUGCUGCUUUGGUGCCACUGUUUUUGCCUUAAUUGAUUCAGGCUGUGGAGGAGGAGGAAGACGAGGAGGAGGAGGAGGAGGGCACGCUGCUACCUGCAGUCAAUAGAGCACAAUCUCUGGCUCGCACCCAAUCAUAGACAUUCUAUCCACUGAGGAAUUGAUUUCUAGACACCAACAUAAUGCCUGCUGAUAAGACUCAGGUUAAUUUUGAUCGCACCAGCAGAAGAAACGCCAGGUAUCAGCAACACGUUAUUGACAAAAAAAACCCAAAAAGCCUUCUGGGGAGAUUUGAAGAAGUGCUACUUGCAUUAGAAGUCUCUUUUAAAAGCAAAUGAAUUGGCUUGAUUCAACAGCAGCAGGUGUAGGACCAAAUAUUCUCUGUUAGUUUGUUUUUUAGUAUCCCUUUAUUUUUUUUUGUUGACCUUACCCUCCGAAAACAUUCCUCCACAUGAUGAUGAUGAUGAUGAUGAUGAUGCCGAUGCCCUGCAUGACCUCGCUUUGUCUCCUCCUCGAUUUUUAAGCUGCGGUUUAGUGGUUUGCAUUCUCUGGCAUGAGUCGGUCUCUUUGUCAUACUCAUGUUCCUUCCUGCCACAGCCUCCAUUAAGAGAUUACUAACACCCUUGGCACCUUGGCCCAUUGCAUGCAA